UAACCCUCCACUAUCUCUUGCCCCUACUAGGCCAACACUUCAUAAAACCCUUCACCCCUUCACUCUACUACUCAACAACAAACCAAAAAUCGAAAAAUGGCCUGGAAAACAGACAAUGACCUCGAAAACUCCGACCCAGUACCAAACUCCGGCGAUGACACCGAAUGGCCUUGUAAACCCAUAGUCGAAUCAUCAGGCUGGCCAACUAGCUGGACCAACGACAGUAACAAAUCAAAGCUAAAAAACCCUUCACCAACUCCCGAAGACGAAGCUGCCAACAACAGUCAGCUUCCGGCAUUGCUUGUCGUGGCUGAAUAUUUGAAUUCAAAACUCAACCUUGACGAUGACGAUGAGUUCAGUGAAUAUAUAGGUGAAGAUGGUGAAUUUUUAGUUAAUGUGGAUGAGGAGGAAAAUGGGUUUCAAGAUUAUGAUUUUUUCGCAAAGUUGUUUAAGGAAGAUGAUGGGUUGAGAGAGUAUUAUGAGAAGAAUUGGGAGAGUGGGGGGAUUUUUUGUUGUCUUGUUUGUUGUGGGGUUCGUGAGAAAGGGUGGAAAAGGUUUAAGGAUUGUUCAUCUCUUGUACAGCAUUCGACAAGCAUUGCGAAAACGUCUAAGAGACGAGCUCAUCGGGCUUAUUGUAAGGUUGUUUGUGAAGUUCUUGGUUGGGAUGUGAAUCAGCUGCCUUCAAUUGUUCCUUCUGUAGUUGAUAAGAAAGUUAAGGCUGAAUGGCCUUGUAAACCCGUAGUCGAAUCAUCAGGCUGGCCAUCAAGCUGGGAAAACGACAGUAACAAAUCAAAGCUACAAACCCCUGCACCAACACCAGAAGACGAAGCUGCCAACAACAGUCAGCUUCCCGCGUUGCUUUUAGUAGCUAAAUACUUGAACUCAACACUAUGUCUAGACGACGACGAUGAAUUUGUCGAGUACAUAGGUGAAGAUGGUCAAUUUUUUAUAAAUGGGGAUGAGGAGGAAAAUGGGUUUCAAGAUUAUGAUUUUUUCGCGAAGUUGUUUAAGGAAGAUGAUGGGUUGAGGGAGUAUUAUGAGAAGAAUAAGGAGAAUGGGAUUUUUUGUUGUCUUGUUUGUUGUGGAGUUCGUGAGAAAGGGUGGAAGAGGUUUAAGGAUUGUUCAUCUCUUGUACAGCAUUCGACAAGCAUUGCGAAAACGUCUAAGAGACGAGCUCAUCGGGCUUAUUGUAAGGUUGUUUGUGAAGUUCUUGGUUGGGAUGUGAAUCAGCUGCCUUCAAUUGUUCCUUCUGUAGUUGAUAAGAAAGUUAAGGCUGAAUGGCCUUGUAAACCCGUAGUCGAAUCAUCAGGCUGGCCAUCAAGCUGGGAAAACGACAGUAACAAAUCAAAGCUACAAACCCCUGCACCAACACCAGAAGACGAAGCUGCCAACAACAGUCAGCUUCCCGCGUUGCUUUUAGUAGCUAAAUACUUGAACUCAACACUAUGUCUAGACGACGAUGAUGAAUUUGUCGAGUACAUAGGUGAAGAUGGUCAAUUUUUUAUAAAUGGGGAUGAGGAGGAAAAUGGGUUUCAAGAUUAUGAUUUUUUCGCGAAGUUGUUUAAGGAAGAUGAUGGGUUGAGGGAGUAUUAUGAGAAGAAUAAGGAGAAUGGGAUUUUUUGUUGUCUUGUUUGUUGUGGAGUUCGUGAGAAAGGGUGGAAGAGGUUUAAGGAUUGUUCAUCUCUUGUACAGCAUUCGAUAAGCAUUGCGAAAACGUCUAAGAGACGAGCUCAUCGGGCUUAUUGUAAGGUUGUUUGUGAAGUUCUUGGUUGGGAUGUGAAUAGCCUGCCUACCAUUGUCCCUUCUGCAGGUGAUACGCAAGUUAAGGCUCAGGGGAAUGUAGAUGAUGGAGGUGAUGACAGUUUGAAUACUCAAUGCAAAUCCCCAAUUUCUGGAAGUAUCAGCGAUGCUGAAGCGUCUCUGUCGAAAUUGUCUUUGAUUGAUGAAAACCAACAAGGAAAAGAUUGUUGCUCUGCAAAAUUAGAGCACAAUUCUCUAAGUGGAGCCACUGUUGAUAGGAGCUUGGGAGAUCUCAGCAAAGGUAUUUCUGAAACAACCGAAGAAAACGCAGAGGGUGUCGUUAACUGUGCGGAGAAUUCUGUGACGAAAGCUGGUGUUGAUGGACUCUUGGAAGGUCUCAGCGAUCUUACUCUUGAAACGCAAAAAGGGAAUGCAAAAGGUGCAUCUGAUUGCGUGGUGCCUUGUGAAGAAACUGGGCAAUCCUCCAAUCCGGCAUAGUUUUCCAUGAAGGGAACAAGGUGGCACGUGUUUUGGCAACUCUCCUCUUCAUCAACCAGUGUUUUUGUUGAAUGCACCGCGCCAUAGUAGGAAAAAAGUCAAGUGUCUUGGUUUGCAAUAGUCUAGCAAAGCUUGGAAACCUCUAGGAAUCAUUCACUCAAAUGUAAUAGCUAGCUAGUAGUAACUAUGAUGUAAUAGCUACUACUGCCAACUAUGAUGUAACCGCUACUUAACUUUCAAGAACUUCAUGCCCUAAAUCACGCAGAAUGUUAGUAGUAGUUGCUUUGUCCAA